AUGCUCUAUUAAAAUUAACAAGUUCUAUACUAUUUUUGUUUUGAUAUUCAUUUUCUUGCGUAAAACGACGCCCGGAGAAUCUUGCCAUAAAAUCUUUCUCUCCAUAAAAAGAUACACACAGCGCCACAGGGUCCCCCCUUACAAAUACCACACUCACCCCAAAACCUGUUCAUUCCUUUUCCUCCAUAAAAAGCUCCCUCCAUUUUUCCCUCUCAUCAAACACCCAACAACAACAACCCAAACAAAUUUAACAAUCCAAAUCAAAAGCUAUGGCAAGCUCAGUGCGUGUGAAAGAAGCUGUGGUAGUGACCCCUUCAGAGCCCACCCCAACUGGUGUCCUCUUACUCUCAGCCCUUGAUUCCCAACUCUUCCUUCGCUUCACUGUAGAGUAUCUCCUCGUGUACAGGCCCGGCCCGGGAUUGAACCAGGCUACCACCGCGGCUUGUUUGAAAGCUGCGGUAGCUAAAGCCCUGGUUCCUUACUACCCGCUGGCCGGGCGUGUCAGAGCCCGAGCCGACAGCCCGGGCCUGGAGGUACUCUGUCGAGCCCAAGGAGCUGUCUUCAUCGAAGCCCAUUCAGACCGUUACACUCUCAACGACUUCGAGAGAGCCCCAAAAACAGUCACCCACUGGAGGAAACUCCUGUCAAUAAACGUCCCCGGCGUCCUCAGUGGCUCGCCGCCACUAGUCGUUCAGCUAACAUGGCUCGCCGACGGGGCCGCUGCCGUCGGCAUCGGGAUUAACCACUGCAUCUGCGACGGAAUCGGCGGUGCUGAGUUUCUCAACCACGUCUCUGACUUAGUUUCUGGUAAACUCGCCGUUCCGAAACCGAGGCCUAUUUGGGAUCGCCACCUUCUGAACCCGCCACCGGGGAGAACGAAUCGGCGGGCGAACACAGCGCUCCACCCCGAGUUCAACCGCGUUCCGGAUCUAUGCGGGUUUAUGAACCGGGUCACGAGCUCUCUCAGGCCAACCUGCAUUGUUUUCGACAAGAGACGCAUCAACGAGUUGAAAUCCGCAGCUAGGUCAACGAGUCGACCCGGCGAUUCACCACCCACGUCGUUCGAAGUGCUCGCUGCACACGUGUGGAGGAGUUGGGCGAGGGCGAUGGGGUUUCCACCAAGCCAAACGCUGAAACUCCUCUUCAGCAUCAACGUGAGGAACCGGGUCAAACCGGGUCUACCCGACGGGUAUUACGGCAACGCGUUCGUUCUGGGUUGCGCGCAGAGCAGCGCGAGGGAACUGGGUGAGAAAGGUGUCGGGUUCGGGUCGGGUCUGGUGAAAACGGCGAAGGAAAAGGUGGAUGGUGAGCACGUGCGGAGGGUGACCGAGUUGGUAUCCGAGUCAAGAGCGAGUCCUGACUCGGUUGGGGUGCUGAUUCUGUCACAGUGGUCGAGGUUGGGUCUUGAGAACGUUGAGAUUGGAAUGGGGAAACCUUUGCAUGUGGGGCCCAUUUGCUGUGAUCGGUACUGUUUGUUUUUGCCGGUGAAGGGUGAAAGGGACAGUGUUAAGGUCACGGUGGCGGUUCCCGCCGCUGCCGUUGACAGUUACCACCGUUUUCUCAGGGAAUCGCUUUCAUGAACCAAUCUCUGAUUAUCUUUUUUCGUCCCACGUUGACUUGUCUGCAUAUCUUUCACUUGUUUAUUUGAGAAGAGAUGGAACUAGAAUUUUGUAAUUUUUCAUCCACGUUACAUGUCUCUAUACUCUUCUCAUGAUUAGUCAUUUAAUUAAUAAAUUAAUGAUCAAUUUAGAACCAA